CCAAGAUAAGAGAGAAAGAGGGAGCCACAUAUUCCAAGGGAGAAGAGAAGAGAGAAGCUGGCCGCAGGAUUCGUUUUCCAGCAGAUAGGGUCUCUUGUUUGAUCCAUAACUUGAGCUUCACUCGUCCAAAUAAGGAGUAUGAUAUACCAAAAGAAAGCUCUCAAGACGAGGAAUCUGUGAAGGCCUGGUUUGCAGGAAUCGGAGUUGUGGAAGGCUUCCAAAUCGUCCGAGAAAAACGCAACCUCGCAGGAGAGGAUUUAAUCUUCGAAAAUGCCUGCCACACCAGUACUUUAUAGCCAUAUAGAGUACUGACCCCUUCGGGGGCGUCCCACCACCAUUUCAGGUUGAGGCUAGAGCUUGCUUCCUGUGCUCGUUGAUCGAGUGAUUCCUUGGAGAGAAGACUUGGUUCGUGCUUCCUCCAUUCUGUUUCUAAAUAAUACUAAACUUGCUCAUGGAUAUCUUACUUUAGAGCCUGCGUGCUCAUGUUUGCCCUGUGUGGCCCUUUUGUUUUAAACAAUGUUUUCCGCUGCGUAUUCAAUUGUUUAUUAUGUAUGUUUAUGGAUGACUUAUGUGUGAAUGAUAUUCAUGACGCCUUGUAUAAUAUGAAUGUGUUGGACUGCGGUUGACUAUUCGUAUUGUACGGCGGGUUGUUGACGUGUCCAGGGAGGUCCGGGGCAUGACAAUUAAGUUGGUAUCAGAGCCAGGUCCCAUAAACUUCAUAAUGAAGUCUCAAAAUUCUCUUUUGAAAAGAUUUUGAAAACCAUGAGCAUAGAAGUUUUGUACUUGGAGAGCUUUUGGUACUUGGGUUGCAAGGUCUCUAAUUGUUAAGAUGGUACCCUUAGCAAUUGGUAUGACGGUGACUCGAGCCAAAAUGUGUCUUAAGUACCUAUCCGUCAAUUGACAUUUGAUACGAGUCUAACGACUCUUUCCAAAUUUCUUUCAGAAAUGGACCGUGGUGGCAGGAUUACUAGGAGAAACCCGACGGGCCGUGUACCAGUGGAGACUGGACAGGGCAGUCGAAGGACCUCUAGGGCAUCUAGAGGAGCUGGCCGUGGAGGCCGAUCACAGACCGUGAGUGACGGUCAUGUUGACACGGAAAGUGAGACCUACUGGUCCUAUGAGGACUCGACUUACCAACCGGAGACAGAGCCGGUUGAGACCCCUUAUGAAGGGGAUGAUGAUGAUGUAAGUGAUGAGGAGGACAACGGCUCCUUAGCGCGGAUUGAGGCACUACUCCAACAAUAUCACCGUGAGCGUGAAGAGAGGAGGGAACGCCGAAGGCGCCGGGCUGGGCAACCUUCGGGCAUGGCUUCACGAGGCGGAAGUCAUGGUGCAUCUAGAGUCCAUGUGGAACCACGUGGAGGCCAAAAUGAUGGAGGUCCAACCAUAAGGAUCUCCAAAUACAUCAAAGAAGCAAGAGAUUUGGGGUGCAAACCCUUUGAUGGAGCAGGGGACAUUUCAGUGGCAGCACAAUGGAUCAAGAGGCUAAAUGAAGCGGCCCUUGACAUGCAAAUCGCGCCGAAUCUCAAACUGAGAAUUGCGGUAAGAUUGCUCGAGGGGAUGGCAUCCAAGUGGUGGGAUGGAACCAAGAACAAGUACGGUGAGACCGUCGUUUGGGAGGACUUCCAACGGGAGUUCUUUGCCCAAUACUAUUCUGAUUUCGAGGUGAAUAAGAAGGUGAGGGAAUACACCCUCCUAACCCAAGGGGGUAACAUGUCAGUGAAGGAGCUUGAGUACAAGUUCCGGGAUCUCGCCGACUACAUACCGGAGUAUGCUUGUGACGAGAACCGCAUGGUGAACCACUUUUGGGACGCUCUUGACUUGGAGAUACGUGAUAGGGCAACGCAAUUGCCUAAUAUGACUUUCGCCCAAGUGGUUGAACAAGCAUUGAAAGGGGAGAAACAGUGGGAGGAACGGAAGAAGAGAGACGCCGAAGAGGCGAAAAAGAGAAAAUGGGAGAGUCAUGGCUCCCAAGGUUCCAACAAAAGGGGGAACCACGGAGGAGGAUCUUUCCGGGCACCACCGCCACCAUCAAGGGGGAACCAAGGCCCAAGUGGGCAAGGCUCGAGGUCACAGACCUCAGUGGUAACUCGUUGCAACAAUUGCAAGAGGAACCAUUCCGGUAAAUGUCGCGACCCCCCUAGAUGUUUCCAAUGUGGGGAUGCCGGGCAUUUGAAGGCACAUUGCCCACAACUGGGCGGGGCAAGGACAUCGGGACCAAGUAGUGGCCCGACGGGUACACGGAAUCAGACCGGGGCUUCUCAAGCAAGCAGGGGGCAAGGGGGAGCAAGUGCGAGCAACGCGCCAUCCGUGAACCAAGGGAGGACCCAGGCUAGGGUCUAUGCGAUGACGGAGGCGGAUGCUCAAGCUAACCCGGACUCCGUUGCAGGUAUUGCCUCUCAUAUACUAGUGUUUUAUCCUUAAUUAGUCCAUAAAUUGAGGAUACUAAUCGCUAGGAUCAUUGUACGAGGUUUUGGGGUCGAACCGGGGGAUUUCG